AUGGAGCAGAGAGGACUUCAGCUGGACCGAGAGACUUUCUCUUGUCUGAUCUGUUUGGAUCUACUGAAGGAUCCGGUGACGACUCCCUGUGGACACAGUUACUGUAAGAACUGUAUUAAAGACCACUGGGACACAGAGGUUGAGAGGAGGAUCUACAGCUGCCCUCAGUGCAGGAAGAGCUUCACACCGAGGCCUGAGCUGCUGACACACACCAUGUUAGCAGCUUUAGUGGAGCAGCUGAAGAAGACUGGACUCCAAGCUGCUGCUGCUGAUCUCUGCUAUGCUGGAGCUGAAGAUGUGGCCUGUGAUGCCUGCACUGGGAGGAAACUGAGAGCUGUCAAGUCCUGUCAGGUCUGUCUGGCCUCUUACUGUGAGAAACACCUCCAGCCUCAUUAUGAAGCAGCUUUUUUAAAGAAACACAAGCUGGUGGAGCCGUCAGAGAAGCUCCAGGAGAACAUCUGCUCUCGUCACGAUGAGGUGAUGAAGAUGUUCUGCCGUACUGAUCAGCAGUGUAUCUGUUAUCUCUGCUCUGUGGACGAACAUAAAGGCCACGACACAGUGUCAGCUGCAGCAGAGAGGACUGAGAGGCAGAGAGAGCUGGAGGGGAGUCGACACAACAUCCAGCAGAGAAUCCAGGACAGAGAGGAAGAUGUGAAGCUGCUUCAACAGGAGGUGGAGGCCAUCAAUGGCUCUGCUGAUAAAGCAGUGGAGCACAGUGAGAAGAUCUUCUCCGAGCUGAUCCGUCUCAUGGAGGAAAGACGCUCUGAUGUGAAGCAGCAGGUCAGAUCCCAGCAGGAAACUGAAGUGAGUCGAGUCAAAGAGCUUCAGGAGAAGCUGGAGCAGGAGAUCACUGAGCUGAAGAGGAAAGACGCUGAGCUGAAGAAGCUCUCACACACAGAGGAUCACAACCAGUUUCUACACAACUACCCCUCACUGUCAGCACUCAGUGAGUCUACACACUCAUCCAGCAUCAACAUCCGUCCUCUCAACUACUUUGAGGAUGUGACAGCAGCUGUGUCAGAGCUCAGAGACAAACUACAGGACGUCCUGAGAGACACAUGGACCAACAUCUCACUGACAGUGAUGAAAGUGGAUGUUUUACUGUCAAACCCACAACCAGAGCCGAAGACCAGAGCUGGAUUCUUAAGAUAUUCACGUGAAAUCACACUGGAUCCAAACAGCAUACAGACAUCUGUUCUUAUCUGAGGGGAACAGAAAAGC